GUCUGAUGAUCAUCCUGACUGAGACUGAGACUGAGACAGAUCUAGAGGAGAGGAACUGGAACUGAAAUCAUGGAGAAUGAAAUUCAUUCUAGCAGUCAACAGGCUCUCUGCAAGGAUGCUGAGCUGGGAAGAAAAACGCCAGAUAAGAAAAAUGCAAGAUACAAGAAUUACCAAUGUGUUGCCUUAAUCCUGUGCCUGCUCUUUCUUAUGCUGACAAUUUGCAUCUUUAGCCUUGGGUACAUUUGGAACCCAAGCCCUGCAAAGAUGUACAGCCACGAGUUCAAGGCUGUGCUAGACGGUGUGGAGACUGACAGCCUGAUGGAGAUCAAUCCAGCUAAAAGAAUGGAAAUGAUUAGAGUGGGCAACAGCACUGAUGAGGUUGUGGAGGUCCACGAUUUCCAGAAUGGCAUUAGUGGCAUUCGCUUCACCAAAUACCAAAGAUGCUACAUCAGAACUCAGACCAAGAAGCUCCCUAAACUAACUGAGGUGAAUCCAAAGGACACGUCUGCAGAGGUGGGUGAGCCUGGCGAUGUAGAUAUGCAGGUGGUGGACUCUUAUGUGUGGAUUCCAACUGAGCAACCCAUCAGCAACCUAGCAUUUCUGCAAAACUCCAAGAUAUGGGAAAUCUGCCGGGAGCUGCCCAUCCACUGGAUGUACCAGUCCACACUUAAAGAGUUCCACGAUGCAGAGGACCUGGAAAUACUGGACCCCCUAGAGACACAAACCCAUGCAGUGCGCAAAGCCAGGGACGUUCCAGAUGAAUUGCCAGUUAAUGACUAUAGUGAAGCUGGACUUCAGCUGGACACCAGCCUGGAUGAGCAGGGCUACUGCUGCCAUUACUGCCGACGUGGGUACCGUUUCUGCCGCCGCUACCACAUGCCGAUGCUUGGCUACUGGCAGUACCCAUACUGGCACCAGGAUGUUGUUUGCCGUAUUGUCAUGCCAUGCAACUGGUGGAUCGCCCGGAUGUUGGGCAGGGUGUGAGAAAGCAGGGGAGAAAUCACAAAAUAUAUAUAUAUGGUGUUGUGCUGCUCAGGGAUGAGCAGAUCUCCAGCUUGUGUUGACAUGCUCCAUUAUAAUUGAAUUUUGAAAAAUUAAUGCUCGAUGUUUAAAACUAUAGAUGAAAUCGGUACUGUAACGAUCCAGUUUUCAUUUAUCAUACAGUAUAUUAGAUAUUAAAGCAUUAUGUUUUUUUUUUCUUUUUUUAUAAAACCUAAGUUUAGAAGAGGACGUGAAAGCUCUUUUUUAUUGCUUUUUAUUGCUCUUUCAUUGAGAAAUCAAUUAUUAGUGUUACUAGAGUGCUUACUAAAACGGUGUAGUCUGCAUGGCUUCCUCCUCCUUUUAUGACCUUGGUGGUUUUAUGUUUUAAUCUAUAGUAAAUAAAAGUUACUGCAAUAAAGUUGUACAGACAAUAUAGAUUUGUACACAGUAUAUUACAGUAUUAAGCAUGUUUUUGACUUUAUGGUAUAAAUAUAGAAAGACUGGCAUAACUUAAAUUUUUAUACAUUUAUUUUUGCCUUUAGAAAAUGUUUGUGUCUCAGCUCUGCUACCAGUCAGCUGGGCACUAUUGACAGUGACUGCAGCAGACAAAAUUGGCCACUAGUCUGCUGGGUGGGAAAACACCGGACUAAAAAGGGGGUGGGGUCUUUGACGCUGUGUCAGGAACCUGGUAAGUAGCCCGAGGCGUGGUGAUGGUCAAUGCGUGACUCUCCAUGUGUGGGACUGGCCUCACAUGCAAAUCCGAAGUAUGGCCGAAAAAGAAGGGGUCGGUGGACUGCGCACGUGUCGGAGGGAGCCAGGGUCAGGUGAAUAUACCCUCCUCGGACGUCAGGGAAAGAGAAGUAGAAAAAAAGAAAAUGUUUGGGGAAACGUAUUUACUGCCUUCCAUACUGUUUGAUCUGUUUACACCUUAUUUAAUUCUGAUUACAUUUAAAUAAUAAAAAAACAAUCAUGUGUGUGAUUAAAUUAGGCAGACCACAUACUGCCAUGAAGUAGAAAGUACACAGCAAUAAAAUUCAACUCAAAAAAGGAGACUCAUAAAAAUGUACACAAUGAAAGUUUAUUAUAAUAAAGCACACAUUAAACUA